GCCGAGGAGGCGUUGGCAGCGGGCUCGAACCCACGCGGCGCUGCGGCCCGCCUGGCCUGCCACGCUCCCAUCCCCCGGCGCAGCGGCACGAUGCCCUUUGACUUCAGGAGGUUUGACAUCUACAGGAAGGUACCCAAGGAUCUGACGCAGCCAACCUACACUGGGGCCAUCAUCUCCAUCUGCUGUUGCCUCUUCAUCCUCUUCCUCUUCCUGUCGGAACUCACUGGAUUCGUCACGACAGAAGUUGUGAAUGAGCUCUACGUUGAUGACCCAGACAAGGACAGCGGAGGCAAAAUUGACGUCAAUCUGAACAUCAGUUUACCCAAUUUGCACUGUGAAUUGGUUGGGCUCGACAUCCAAGAUGAGAUGGGCAGACAUGAAGUGGGCCACAUCGACAACUCCAUGAAGAUUCCCCUGAACAAUGGGGCAGGCUGCCGCUUCGAAGGCCAGUUCAGCAUCAACAAGGUCCCUGGCAACUUCCACGUGUCCACACACAGUGCCACGGCCCAGCCACAGAACCCAGACAUGACGCAUAUCAUCCACAAGCUGUCCUUUGGGGAUACACUCCAGGUCCAAAACGUGCACGGAGCUUUCAACGCCCUCGGGGGAGCAGACAGACUCUCCUCCAACCCCCUGGCCUCCCACGACUACAUCUUGAAGAUCGUGCCCACAGUGUUCGAGGACAAGAGUGGCAAGCAGCAGUAUUCUUACCAGUACACGGUGGCCAACAAGGAAUACGUAGCCUACAGCCACACGGGCCGCAUCAUCCCUGCCAUCUGGUUCCGCUAUGACCUCAGCCCCAUCACGGUCAAGUACACAGAGAGACGGCAGCCGCUCUACAGGUUCAUCACCACGAUCUGUGCCAUCAUUGGUGGGACCUUCACCGUCGCCGGCAUCCUGGACUCCUGCAUCUUCACAGCCUCCGAGGCCUGGAAGAAGAUCCAACUGGGCAAGAUGCAUUGACAUCCCACCUGACCCAGUGGUCCAGUGCCCGGGGACACUGCUAGCCCUGCCUCCAGCACCCUGUCUCCUUCUGCCCUCUUUCUGGUCCGGUGUGCAAGGGUGUGUGAGGGGUGGCUCAAGAUUUCACAGCUACCUCUUUCCCCACGUUUGGUUUUUGAUAAAUUACACCGCCUGAAGUUGUGCUGUUCCUUUUCCUGCAGAGUCAAGACCAGGGUCAGGCAAAAAGGAUGUUGGGGCCCCCUCCUGGGAAGCUGCUGUCCCUUUUCUCUUAGGGGAAAAAAAAAGCCCAGGGACCAGUUCCCAGCCAGGCUUUGACAAUCUCCCACCCCGACUGUUUGGACACACUACCUGCUUGUUUUCCUCCCAGGUACUUAGCCUGGCCUUUCAGCCUUGGGAUCAGGCUCCCCAAAGAUCAUUGCUGCCUGGUGCUCUUAGCCCAGGAUGGUAAUUUCCAGUCGAGCCCCUGGUUUGGGCACUAUAGCUGAAACUCAAUUCUACCCCGUCCUUCUUGAGCCUAGAGCCCAAACUUCUUAUCUUUUGUCGCUGCUCCUGCCUUGGUCUAACAAGAAACAGACGUGGCGUUGCUUGGUAGCGACUCGGAUCCGCCCACCAGUCGUGACGCAGGUCCCCGGUGCCCCUUCCUCUGUUGUCCUUGUUCCUCUGAAUCCCGCACCAAUGUGCCUCGGCCACUGGGCUGUGUGGCAACAGCAUCUCUUGGUGAAGGGGUUGGUCCCCACUGCCAAGUCCCCCUCCCCCACCGUGGCUACACUCUGCAGUGGCCAGGGGUGGGACUGUGUGACUGAGAAGUCAACCUUGUAGGACCACAUCGACACAAUCCGUGCACUUACGUUCAGGUGGCAAGCAGCCUUCCUUGCAACACCACCAUGCCUUGGCCUCUCUCAGACAGCCACCAUGGGUCCCAGGGCCUUAGCUGGGGGAAGCAAAGGGGGCCGACACUUCUCCUCUUUGGGUGCAGGCUCUUGGAGGGGGACUUGUGUGCCAAGAAUUUCCAGCCUCUGCAGCCCAGCUGGGGGCUUGCCCUGCCAUUGAGUUCCUCUAUUGACUUGAGUGCAUACCGAGUCAUUCCCAGCCCCCCUGGGGGCUCCUCCAAUGUCUCCCACUUGCUCCUAAGGCGGGUCCUUUCCCACUUCCUCCAUUCCCUUUUCAUCCUGAGAGAGAGAGCCAUGAUCCAGGCAUGAAUUCCACCCAGGGAAUUUUAGCUAUGCCCUUGUGUCCCAGGGACAGGGCCACUUGCCUGUGUCCAAUUUAUAUCAAGACUGUUUGCAUACUUUUGUAUUGAGGGGGACUUUCAGGAGAGGGAUUGUUUUUCUUAAUGAUCUCAAUGGAUAGAUAGAUAGCUCAAGUCCCUGUCAUUUGGGAGCUCUGAGUUCCAGUUAGCAAAGCUUCCCCUUUCGCCUAUGCGUUGAAUGAUGUUGUGUACGUAAACUGCCUCUGGUUAUUUCUGAUAAUCUGUAGCCACUUGGGUGGAUUUUUUUUUAAAACAUUCUGUUCCCCAGUUACAGCUUGGCGAGUGAAUAUGGGCACUUGUGGAGGGCGGGGCAGGGAGGGACAGGGCAUAUGUGGCGUGCACAUGAGUUGUAAUUCCACUUUGAUGCAUUUUAAAAAAAAUACUCUGAGGACACUGGAGAUGUCAGUUUCCCAUGGAAGAGACACCUCUGACCUGAUAUUCUUGUAAACAAAAUAUUGAGGGAAAAAUAUGUUUUUAGUUCUUUCCCCACGCAUUGGGUUCAAAUAGAUUAUUAAAAGUCUGAUUUUUGGAA